CAAUGAUUGACACAAUACCAUAUAAACUUCAACGGCGCGUGGCGGACCAACAAACAAUACUAAUAUACUUCCGAAAUGAUAUUAAAAUUUUAAAGUAAAAAUAAUAUUAUAGGUUCCUCCGACACCUACACUAUUAAAUGGAGAAUAACAAACCCCAUCCCUCGGAACCACAUAGUAAUGUAGCAAAAUUUGGCGGAUAUGACCCUGACAAAUAUGUGCUGGAUAAUGCUACGUUGACCAUAUGUACUGAUGAGAGUUUGACACCGGGUCGACCACCACGGUUGACGCAAAAGACAAUUGGCAAGUUUCUGCAACCACUUACUAGAGAGCUCGUUGAGGUUCCUCCAAGACCUACUAUAGGUGAGCUGCCAGACGCGGUGAUCAACCGUAUGGUCCAGAAAGACAAAGCUUUUUGGGUGGACAAGCCGGGCGCAAACGCUUACACCCUUCACGAUGCGUAUUAUAACUAUGGAAUAUCCACGGAGAUGGUAAAACCUCCACAUCAAGAUGUGUUUCCCCGGUCAUAUCAGUAUGAUCUAGACUGUGUGAAGUUUCGUCGACAACAUGCCUGCGAUGGCCUCAAACCUGACGUAAAGAAAGAAGUGGGUCCACACUGCAGGGAUUGCAAGAUGUGGUACAAGCCAGGAUUGACGCCCUUCCAGCUGGCCUGGGCUCAGGACGCGGUGCAGAAAAGGUGGAGAUACUACCCUGACUUGACAGCGAAUCUCACCAGCGAAGAAAUAAGAGCGUUGAUGGGCGAGGUUGGCCGCCCAUAUCAGAACGAAGCUUGUAAUUGGUACUACAAGAACUAUCCAUCACAAAAAUAUAAUUGUAUCAUGCGAAAAUUCUCUAAGUAAAUAAAUACUCACCUAACGGAAUA